GUGGGCAAAAGACAAUCUAACUGAAAACUAAGGAUGGCCAAAUUCUCGGUGGGUGGAGAGGAAGACGAUGGCGAGGGACCGAGCAGUCCAAAGAGGAGGAGAGAAGGAGGAGAGGAAGAUGAGAGAAAAGUUAGGCGAUGUACGAGAUACCCUCACCGUGAUUCGGUUGGAAUAAGUAAAGAUGGACCGGGCAUCUCGGUCACCCUGAUCGACCCAGAAGUGUUGGACUGCCCGAUCUGCUUGGAACCCUUGACCCCUCCUGUCUUUCAGUGCAACAAUGGGCAUAUAGCUUGUUCUUCAUGCUCUUCCAAACUUGAGGACAAAUGCCCCUCCUGUUGCCGGCCUAUUCAACAAAACCGCUGCCUUGCCAUUGAAAAGGUGGUCGAAUCAAUCAAAGUAUCCUGCCAAAAUGCACCAUAUGGGUGCAAAGAAAUGAUCAGCUAUGUUGAGAAGCACACCCAUGAGGAGACAUGCAUCUAUGCACCAUGUGCAUGCCCUCUUUCAGACUGCAACUUCCAUGGGUCAUUUGAACAAUUGUCACUACAUGUCAGUCACGUACAUUGGGAUUCUGUCAGAUGCUUCCGGUACAACUGCCCAUUUCCUGUAUCUUUAGAUAAAAAUAGGCAGCUCCUUGUUUUUCAAGGGGAGGAGGACGGUGUUCUCUUUAUCCUCAAUAACAAGACUGAGCUCAUUGGAAAUGCACUCUCCGUGACUUGUAUUGGUCCAAGAUCUCCAAAGGAAGGGUUCUUGUAUGAUCUUAUAUCAAGAAGAGAGGGCUGUUCCCUUAGAUUACAAUCUUUUACAAAGUGCACUACAGGGCAGCUGGAAGGUUCUAUUGUGGAUUUUCUUCUGAUUCCUUGUAAUUUCUGUGGUUGUAAUGGGCAGAUCAAGUUGGAGGUUUGUAUUUGGAGUUGUAGAGAACAGGACUGAAUUAUUCCCUGCUCACAUCAAGAAAAUGAUGUUGUGUAUGUUUUAGUUUAACAUUAUGUAAAGUAUUAUACAUAAUAGCCUUCUUUUUCCCAUAA